CUUCUCGCGUCCUGUUGCCGCCGGCCCUGCCUGACCGCAGCUAUGAAACCUAUCCUGCUUCAGGGCCAUGAGAGGGCCGUUACUCAGAUCAAAUAUAACAGAGAAGGUGACCUGUUGUUCACAGUGGCCAAAGAUCCGAUUGUCAACGUUUGGUACUCUGUCAACGGUGAGAGGAUGGGCACAUACAAUGGACAUACUGGAGCUGUCUGGUGUGUUGAUGCUGACUGGGACACGAGGCAUGUGCUGACCGGUUCUGCAGACAACAGCUGUCGUCUCUGGGACUGCGAAACAGGCAAGCAGCUGGCUCUGGUCGAGACCAACUCCGCCGUCCGAACGUGUGGCUUCGAUUUCGGAGGGAACAUCAUCAUGUUUUCCACGGACAAGCAAAUGGGCUACCAGUGUUUUGUCAGCUUCUUUGACCUGCGGGACUCCAGCCAGAUUGAGAACAACGAGCCUUACAUGAAGAUCCCCUGCAGCGAAUCCAAAAUCACCAGUGCUGUGUGGGGGCCUCUCGGGGAAUUCAUCAUCGUGGGGCAUGAAAACGGAGAGCUGAACCAGUUCAGUGGAAAGUCCGGGGAGGUUCUCGUGAACGUCAAGGAGCACACAAAACAGAUCAAUGACAUCCAGACUUCCCGAGACAUGACCAUGUUCGUCACGGCUUCCAAGGACAACACGGCCAAGCUGUUUGACUCCGCAACGCUCGACCACCUGAAGACCUUCCGGACCGAGCGGCCUGUGAACUCAGCUGCGCUGUCCCCCAUCUUUGAUCACGUGGUGUUAGGCGGUGGCCAGGAAGCCAUGGAUGUGACAACGACUUCCACCAGGAUCGGCAAGUUUGAGGCCAGGUUCUUCCAUUUGGGUGUUGAGGAAGAGUUUGGAAGAGUCAAGGGUCACUUCGGGCCCAUUAACAGUGUCGCUUUCCAUCCUGAUGGAAAGAGCUACAGCAGCGGGGGUGAGGACGGCUAUGUCCGGAUCCAUUAUUUUGAUCCCCAGUACUUUGAGUUUGAGUUCGAAGCUUGAAGCGGCUCCCUACAACUCCUCCCCCCCCCUUUCUACAACUGC